UUAGGGGCCGGCUCGGGGGGCGGAGCUUAGUCUCCUGAAAUGGCGGUUGGGCUGGCUGAGGGGGUGGGGGAGAGUUUCCUGUGAGAGAAAAAGCUCUCCCAAUUCCCGCCCGAAAACCAGUCACCCCUGGUUCUAGAAUUAAGAGAGAGGGAGGAAAAUUUCUCUCUGCCCACUCUCUCCACUCCAUGCAUAAUUUUAUACCCUUGAUUAUGUCUCCCCUUAGUUGCCUCUUUUCCCCAGAUGCUGCAGCUUAGCCUCCUCAGGAAGGUGCUCCAGGCCCCUGACCAUCUUGCUUGCCCUCUUCUGCACUUUUUCCAGUUCUACAAUAUUAUCCUUAAGAUACGGUGACCAAAGCUGAAUGUGGUACUCCAGAUGUGGCCGCACCAUAGAUUUGUACAAUGAAAGUAAUAUAAAAUUUAACACAAAAAACCAAAACGCAAUGUAGAAUAAAAGCAAUUAAAACAAACCAAAUUAUUUGUUUUUUAAAUCCCCAGUCAGGCUAUAGUCACACAUUAAAAAGCCCCUCUAAACAAGUUUUAAGAUUUUUUUAAAAAACCCAAUGAGGGAGGAGCAGGACAAAGUUCCCUUAUUUAUUCACUUAAAGCAGUUCACAUUCCUAGCCGAAUUCAGCCUCCAAGGUGGCUGACGGUGACAAAAAAGCUACCACAAUAAAGAUAAAAACAUGUUUGUUUAAAAAAUGAGCCUGUCCGGCAUGAAACCCCACAAAAACUGAAGGCCGAAAGUUCAGUGACAUCAUGUGCUGCCAAGAACAGACCAGGCGUUUCCUUGGCACUUCCAGUCUGUCAUUGCUUCAUGAAGUUGUUAUGAUUAUAGUGUUUACAUCCCAUUUUUGUUGUUUGUUUGUUUUUCUAGGCAAGGUGUAAACUUCCUUUGUAGAACAAAAUGUAUCCUCAGGCUGUGUAUGAUAAUUUAAAAAAAAACAACUCAUAGUGUAUUCAACAAAACAAAACACAUUUAUUUAUUUAUUUAUUUAUUUAUUGUGAGGUUUAUAUACUGCCUUUCAUUAAAACAAUCCCAAGGCGGUUUACACAAAAAUUAAAAACAAGGCUAUAAAAAUGACACAAUUAAAAUAUUAAGCUAAAAUAUAAAACAAAUCUGACUAAAAAGAUUUAAAAUACAAGCAUAAAAACACUUAUAUAUCCCGCACUUCCUCCAAGGAGCCCAGAGUACAUGGUUAUGUUUAUCCUCACAACAACCCUGUGAGGUAUAUUAGGCUGAGAGAGACGUGACAGGCCCAGAGUCACCAAGUAAGUUUCAUGGCUGAAUGGGGAUUUGAACUCGGGUCUCCCCGGUCCAGCACUCCAACCACUACACUACACUGACUCUGAGCACAGGAUUACUUUCCUAGUUGUGGAAAAAGUCAAGCAGAGCACCAACACUUUGGAACUAUAGCACUCUGAAGAGACAGAGGCUAUGACAAAAUAAAAGUUGUAAUUUUGAAUUGAUUAGUAGCUCAGUAUCCGAUGGCACGACAGAGCUGCUAUUAUCAAUUACUAGACAGAAAUAAAUUCCCUGAGAUAAGCACAACACCACUUUUCCAUAUAAACAUAACUGUCAUGUAUCAUCUUUUGCCAUUUUAAUCUGGCAACUCCUUUAUGCUUCAGAUUAUGUCAUUGGCAUAUUGCAGAAGCUCCCUACCACACUUCCCCUUGCUAAAGCAAUCAAGCUGAACAAAUACUUUCGCUCACAUAUGGAAAAUUGAAACAACCUGAUGUGGUCAAAAGACACAAGCCACCAAAGUCAAAAGGAGCAGCUCUGGUUUCUGCUCAAUUUAUGGAACCAGUUCUAUGUGUGCUUACUCAGAAGUAAGCUCCUCUGGGUUCAAAGGGAGUUACACACCCAGAUAAAUGACACAGAGCACCACAGUAAUAAAAUUCCAUUUGUAUAAAUAGAAGAAUCUUUCUUUACUCUGAAGUUAGUUUGACAGAGGGUCCCACUGCCACACACCAAUAGUUUUCAUGUGCAUUUUGCACUAUUGGUCACUGGGAGUCACUGUUUCACUAACACAGCUAAAUGAUAGGACUGACGGAGUUUCUCUAACCCGUAUGCGAUAGACCCAGAUCUGUAAGGGAGUACAGAUUCUUCAAAGUUCAGUGGUACAGCACAUACUUUGUAUGCAGAAGAUCCCAGGUUCAGCCCCUGGAUUUGGAAAUACCUGUCUGAAACCCUGGACAGCAGUAGCCAACCACUGUAAAGAGCGGAUUAGUGGUCUGAUUCAGUAUAAGGCAGUUCCCUAUGUAAAUCCUCCUUCGGCUUUGCUCAAAACCUUGCUAAUGAAAUUGCCAGAUCUUCAAAAUGAACUGGCAACUAAAUUUUGCUCUCCAAUACAAUGAUACAAAAAAACCCCUACAUUUAUUCCAGGCAUUCUGGGACAAAAUGAAAUUACAUGACACGUUUAUUGAAAUUGCUGAGUGCACAGGAAUAUGAUAAAUCGAAGCUCUGAAUCUUGAGUCUGGAAACCAGUUUAAGUUUAUUUUAUUACCAAUACCACUGAAUGUUAGUUGCACCCACUAUCCCCUGAUGUCCUUCUUGCAUGGAUGAGACCUUUAUUAAAUAUUUCUUCAUUUGAUUUUUACCUCAUCCGCCAAGAAGCUCAGACUGGCCCAUGUGAUUCUUCCUCCCUCGCUUUUCUAUCCUCACAACAGCCUUGUGAGGGGUGAGACAUAGUGAUUGGUACAAUUGUCAUCCAGUAAACUUUUGGACUGAGUGAGAACCAGAACCUCACUCUAGUCCAGUACUCUAAUCGCAACACCCCACUGGAUCUCGCAGCCUUUGCACUUCAAUUUUUCUUAAGAAGAUUGGAAACACCUCAGUCUACAGCUGCAGGCUGGCUGCAAUUCAGAAAACUAUGCAUCCUAGUGCAGUUUUAUGUGUGCUUCCCACUGUGGACUCGACUUUGUUCCAGAACUGGGUCCUCCUCAGCCUUUGAAUGGGAAAGCCACUGGUUGCUUUUUUCUUCCUUUUGUGUUUCAGUGCACAUCCUGAGUCUCCAAGAAAAAUUCUUCCUAUCUCAUUUGUACAGCAAAUGGCAUCUAGAAAGAGUUCAGUGGAGGUCGAUUGCUUCCUUAUUUAAUUUCUCAUGAUAGGUGGCUAAAAAGGAAUCCAUCUGUUUCACCUCUGCAUCACUGCUCAGGAGUGUGGGGGUGAGGGCAUGCUGUUCUGUUUCUAGGUAGACUUUUAAAUACAUGCCAGUGUGUUAAUGGCAUUAAUACAUGCCAUUAGACUUUUUUAUACAUGCCAGUCAGGACCCAGCACACAACCUCCUAAGUGUUAGAACUCUGCAGCUGAAACACUAGAAAGGGCUUACCUGUAGGUGUGAGACCCAAAUCUUGCAUAUUUUGCUGAUUUCUUAAACUGCUAGUAGCAUGAUGAAGCACUCCUCCGGUUCCAAGACCUUUACAAGCCCCUUUCCCCCCUGAAUUGUAGGCUUUUUCUAAAUGCUAUUUUAUAAGCCAUAACCUUCUUUUAUGAGAAACCACGGAGUCAUAGGCUUUGUAAACUAUAUGAGAGAGAGAAAAUAAUAAUCCAUUUCUGAAUGGCAGGCAGUAUUCAUGCCGCUUUCCUUAAUAUUAUAGAAACAGAAAAAUUAUUUCAUGGACCCUUGAAAACAUAAAAAGGAAAAACAAUGAGCUUGCCUUUUAAAUAAAAGCAAAUUAUUUAUAACAGCUAUGACGCAUCAGUUGCUCUCUGUUGGCAUGGAAUAAUUGUUCACUGGUUGUAGUUUGGUUUGAAAUGCAGACAAUGAACAAGGUAAUUUAUUCCCACUUUAAAAUAUAUCCAGCAACCAAAGGUUCUGGGCUGUACAAAACUAAACAGAUUAGCAGUGAGUGUGCACCUCUCAUGUCAUUGGAACAUAGAAAGCUGCCAUAUAUUGAGUCAGACCCUGGGUCCAUCUAGCUCAGUAUUGUCUACACAGACUGGCAGCAGCUUCUCCAAGGCUUCAGGCAGGAAUCUCUCUCAGUCCUAUCUUGGAGAAGCUGCCCAGGCGGGAACUUGGAACCUUCUGCUCUUCCCAGAGCGGCUCCAUCCCCUACUAAGGGGAAGAUCUUCCAGUGCUCACACUUCUAGUCUCCCAUUCAUAUGCAACCAGGGUGGACCCUGCUUAGCUAGGAGGACAAGUCAUGCUUGCUGCCCCAAGACCAGCUCUCCUCUGGUUAUGUGUGCAUGAAUGGGUGUAAGAUGCUGACCUUUCUGUGGUGUGGGGCAGCCAAUAAGUGGUGUUUCAGCACCCCGGACAGUUCCUAAUUCUCCCUCACAUGCUAUUGCUGGCUGCUGGGAAAUUAUGCAAAAUACAUAUGUCAAUACACCUAGUUUUGCAUAAACACUUUGUCUUCAGGAUUUGAAUUUUAUAACUUUUUUAAUUUCCCUUGUAGAGUACACACAGCCCCCAUCUGUUCCUUGUGUUUUCUUCCAGAAAGGCAUAAAAGUAUAAUUUAUGUUGACACACCUCUGAGUAUGCAGGUGAAAAUCACAAUGCAGUCAGUCACCUCUAGGAGGAGGUCCAUGCAUUUAGCUGCUGAUCAUUCAAGAAAAGGAAGAAAUUAGCUGUGUCAUUCUUCUUGAAUUUUGUUUUUAAAGGAAGGUGUGCUCAUGCAGAAGCAUCAAGGCCUUGAUUUUUGGCAGACUCCUUGUUGAACUGGCUAAGGCACAUGAAGGUCAAAUGGCUUGCCGGAGGUCAUCCAUUGAGCAGAGUGUCUCUGGCAGGAUGGCAGCCAAGUUUCCGUCUUCAUCCUGCAUGCAGCAGGAUGCUCUCUUCAACAGGCCUGUUGUGUGGGGACUGCAUAACAGCACAGCACCAGAGAACUUCCAGGCAGAUUUUCCUCUCUGCAAUGUUUCUCAUUCUCAAGAAUGUAUGCAUAGAAUUACAGCUUCAGCCUUUUUAAAAGUGGCAUGGCUGUCAGUGUAUAUCCCUGGAUUAAUGCUAACCUAUGUGGCCAAUUUGAUGUUCUGAGAAGCCGAAUCGAGAAACAAACAUUCUUAGGGAGCAGGUUCCAGGCUGUGCUACCAGCAUCAGUGUGUCCAGUGCCAAUUGUAAAGUGGUUGCUCCACAGGCGGAACAGGAAGGAUCCUGGAGAGCCUUUGGAUAGAGUGGAAAUGCAAUAGAUAAAUAAACACACACCCUGCCAAAAUGAAUAGGGCAGCAGCAGCAGUAGCAGUAGUACCAGGUGGCUGAUAGCAAAUUCAAGCAAAGCAUAAUCCUUAGAGAAAGAAAAGCAGUGCGGCAGUGAAAAUAGAAUAACAUAAAUACAAAGCCCUGGUGGAUUAGUCUAAAGGUCCGAAAAAUAUGAAGAGAAAAGGUGAAAAGUGCUGUGGUGCUGAAACAGACGGAGACUGUGUUCCUACUGCCUUGCCACUUGCCUUAGAAGCAGAUGUGAAAUUCCAUGCGCUUCUGAAAAGCUUUGGAUUGUGACUGCUCAUCUUGCCAAUGAAGUCUCUCAACUCAAUGAAUUCAUAGCCACGAGGGAUUUAAAACGUGCUGAGAAGCAGCUAUGAUGUUCUGUCUACUCCUGGGAUGGAAUCUCAAAGUUCUUGCCCUCUCUGUCCUCCUGAAAGCCACUAUCUCUUUAAACCCAGAUGACCCAAACGUUUGCAGCCAUUGGGAAAGCUAUGCUGUGACGGUUCAGGAAUCCUAUGCGCACCCCUUUGAUCAGAUCUAUUACACCAGAUGUACGGAUAUCUUGAACUGGUUCAAGUGCACUCGACACAGAAUAAGUUAUAAAACGGCAUAUCGGAGGGGACUGAGGACAAUGUAUCGUCGGCGAUCCCAGUGCUGCCCAGGAUAUUAUGAAAGUGGAGACUUCUGCAUCCCCCUCUGCACAGAAGAAUGUGUCCACGGGAGGUGUGUUUCUCCUGAUACUUGUCACUGCGAACCUGGAUGGGGAGGUCCAGACUGUUCCAGUGGACGCGUAGAAGAUGGAAGUUCAACUGUUGGACGAAAGAUAUCCUUACCUCUCUGCAAACAUUCACUGGGGGAAGGGGAGCAAAUUCUGAUGACAUCAACCCCUUCCCCCCCAAAGCGUUCCUUGUCUGCAGGCUGCGACAGUGACCACUGGGGACCCCACUGCAGCAACCGCUGCCAGUGCCAGAAUGAAGCUCUUUGCAACCCCAUCACCGGUGCCUGUGUGUGCGCAAUCGGUUACAAAGGGUGGCGCUGUGAGGACUUGUGUGACCCGGGAAGUUACGGAAAAGGCUGCCAGCUGAGGUGCCAGUGCCAUAAUGGAGCGACCUGUGACCACAAGACUGGGGAGUGUCAUUGUGCUCCUGGAUACACGGGCGUCUUCUGUGAAGAGCCUUGUCCUCCAGGCAGCCACGGCGCUCAGUGUGAACAGCGAUGUCCGUGCCAGAAUGGGGGCACGUGCCACCACAUCACGGGGGAGUGUGCCUGCCCGCCAGGAUGGAUGGGCUUCGUGUGUGCCCAGCCAUGCCCGUCUGGGACAUAUGGGGUUAACUGCAGCCAAGAUUGCCCAUGUCAUAAUGGAGGGCAGUGUGAUCAUGUGACAGGGGCGUGCCUGUGUACAGCCGGUUAUAUGGGAGACAGGUGUCAAGAGGAGUGUCCCAUUGGGACGUUCGGCUUCCAGUGUGUGCAGAAGUGUGAUUGUGAGAACAGGGCCAAGUGCUACCACAUCAACGGUGCCUGCCUGUGUGACCCGGGCUUUAAAGGGAUUCAUUGCCAGGAACGGAUGUGUCCCGAGGGAUUUUAUGGGACAAAAUGCAACAAGAGAUGUCCUUGCCAUGCACCAAACACUGUCAGCUGCCAUCCUCUGUCUGGAGAAUGUAACUGCAAAGCUGGCUGGGCUGGACUUUACUGCAACGAGACCUGCCCCCCUGGCCACUAUGGGGAAAGCUGCCAGCUCGCCUGCCGCUGCCAGAACGGCGCAGACUGUGACAGCAUUACAGGGAAGUGCACCUGUGGCCCGGGAUACAUGGAAGAGGACUGUUCUGUCGCUUGUGCGGCCGGCACCUACGGAGUCAACUGCUCAUUGGUCUGCGGCUGCAAGAACGAUGGCGCCUGUUCCCCGGUGGACGGCUCCUGCUUCUGCCGAGAAGGGUGGCAGGGAGCAGAUUGCUCCAUUCCGUGCCCAAGUGACGCUUGGGGCCUCAACUGCAACCAGACCUGUUACUGUGCCAACGGAGCCGCCUGCAGCCCUGUGGACGGAUUCUGCCUUUGCUCUCCGGGCUGGCAAGGAGACUUCUGUGACCAGCCCUGCCCUGACGGGACUUUCGGCCUCAACUGCAGCGAACGCUGUGACUGCCACCAUGCUGAUGGGUGUGACCCUGUCACAGGUCACUGCUGCUGCCUCGCUGGGUGGACAGGGAUCCAUUGCGAUAGUGUCUGUGUGCAGGGGCGCUGGGGACCAAACUGCUCCAUCGCCUGCAACUGUGAGAAUGGAGGAUCCUGUUCCCCGGAAGACGGGACCUGCGAGUGUGCACCAGGCUACCGCGGGCCCAUGUGCCAGAGAAUCUGUGCUCCCGGUUUCUACGGGCAGCACUGCAGCCAGCCGUGUUCUCAGUGCAUUCACAGCACCGUUCCUUGUCACCACGUCACGGGGCACUGCGACUGCCUCCCGGGAUUCUUUGGCCCGCUCUGCAACCAAGUGUGUCCAAGCGGCAGAUACGGGAAGGAUUGUGCUGAAGCGUGUGUGUGCACCAACAACGGGACAUGCAACCCCAUCGACGGAUCUUGCCGGUGCUUCCCUGGCUGGAUAGGCAAAGACUGUUCCCAGACGUGCCCAGUUGGCUUUUGGGGUGCAGACUGUUUCCAUUCCUGCAGUUGUCACAAUGGUGCCACCUGCAGCCCCCAUGACGGAGAAUGCCGGUGCACUCCUGGCUGGACCGGUCCCUACUGCACACAACGAUGCCCAGCUGCCUUUUAUGGAAGCCACUGUGCCAGCGUCUGCCAGUGCCAGAAUGGAGCCGACUGUGACCAUGUCACUGGGCAGUGCACGUGCCGAACCGGCUUUACAGGGAAGCACUGCGAGCAGAAGUGUCCACCAGGAACGUUUGGCUAUGGUUGCCAGCAGCUGUGUGAGUGCAUGAAUAAUGCGACCUGCGACUACGUUACAGGGACCUGUUACUGCAGCCCUGGCUUCAAAGGAAUCCGCUGCGAUCAAGCGGCUCUCAUGAUGGAAGAAUUAAACCCCUAUACUAAAAUUAGCCCCGCUCUUGGAUCCGAGAGGCAUUCAGUGGGAGCAAUCAUUGGGAUUAUUCUCCUCCUGCUAAUUAUUAUGGUUUUGCUGGCACUGUUUGUGUGGUAUCGGCGGAAGCAGAAGGAGAAGGGACAAGACAUGCCAAGCGUCUCUUACACGCCAGCCAUGCGGAUGACAAACACCGAUUACUCACUUUCUGAUGAUGCUUGCCUUGGUCACAGCAGCCAUUACCGUAGAGAAGGUAUUCCUCUGAUCAGAGAGGGUAGGGAAAGGUCCUCUUCCAAGAUAGGAGUUGCCACCUGCAGUUUUUCUAAGUAUUUGUAUUUUAAAAUACAUUUAUCUAUUUUUUAAAAAAUCUGCUGGCUGAUUAAUCAGGAAGAUACCUUUUGGGUUGAUUCAGUGUUGCAUUGUAUAGCGGGGGAGAGAUUUAGAUCUCAUGGACAGCAUCCAGCCAUGACUAAGCCCCAUUCAAAUUAAUGGAGCUUAACAUAGGAAGCUGCCAUAUACUGAGUCAGACAUUGGUCUAUCUAGCUCAGUAUUGUCUUCACAGACUGGCAGCAGCUUCUCCAUGGUUGCAGGCAGGAGUCUUUUUCAGCCCUGUCUUGGAGAUGCUGCCAGGGAGAGAACUUGGAACCUUCUGCUCUUCCCAGAGCAGCUCCAUCCCCUAAGGGGAAUAUCUUACAGUGUUCACACAUCAACUCUUAAGUUAGUCAUGACUAACUCGACUCAUUGAUUUCAAUGGUGCUUAGCUGUCUGGACUGCCCAACCUACUUAAAUAAUACACAUUUAUACACACCUGUCUCAGUUGUCCUUAUUCAGCCCUGGAGCCCUGUAAGGCAGGCUGGUAUUUUUAUCCCAGUUUUGCAAAUGAAGAUCUGGGACUGAGUGACAUGCCUGAGGCUACCAUGUGUGGUUGUGGCAGAGGUGAGAUUUUCACUGGAGAUUUCGACUUGCACUAGGAUACACAGGGACAGCUCUGUUUCAGUAAGGAUAUUUCUCUGCCACAAAUCGAUGUUCGUUUUUAAACGGCUUCAGUCACAACAUCUGCCCAGCUCUGUAGUACUGUGAGAGACCUGCGGAAUGGUUUCAUUGUAGACUAAUGAGAACUAUUGUUCCAAGGAUUCCUUGGGAAGAAACUGCACAGAUAAACCACCCAACUAUUGAGAAGGACAUAAAUAGUUAACGUCCUGCUCUGACACUUGUUUGUCUGCAAGCGUCUUGUGGGGAAAUGACAUAAAUGAGCACCAAAUCCUCCAGCAAUAAUGGCUCAGCAAACUGCUUCUGGAGAAAUGCAGAUCCUGCAGGGAGAAGAUUGCCUCCAUCAGCAGUGCAAGUGGUAAACCAAGGCAAAGCUGCCGGCACAGAUCCAAAUUGGUCAAUUUCAGCUUGUUUCCCGCAAGCCAAGACCUGCCAACAGAAACCUUUUCAAAAGAUUUCCUUUUCUAGUGUUGUUGAUUGACUGGUGGGGGACAAUUUGAUUGACUUCUAUUUCCUUUCCCAAAUUUUAGCCACUUGAAAAAAAUAUUUAUAGAGCCUUAUUGAGAAUGGAAUCAGGGGUUGAGCCAGCGUCCCGGUUCUAACCUUUCAAAGUAGUCCUCUAUUCUGUAGCACGUCCUGUUUUCCAGAAUGCUGCCCUCUUCACAGCCAUCUUUUGCCCUUUAUGUGGACAACUGGAUAGCUAGGGGGACCCUUUCAGGCAUCUGGCCUUGCGUAAGGGCCCCAGUUGCUGACAACUAAUCUCAGGACAUUAGUGAAGUCUGGGCUUCAAGAAGCCUCGUCGCAGAAUAAAAUAAUUAAAUCAAUCCUUUGAAGCCUUUAGUUUCCACUGCAAGAAGAGCAAUUUUGAUAAUUUGCAACAACUGUUUUUAUUAAACCCCUCCCCCAAAUAAAUGAGUGGAUUGGGCUCAUAUUCAAACUUGAAGCAUAGGAUGCAUCAUAAGAACAGCUUCACUGGACCGCACCCAAGGUCUAUCUAGUCCAGUAUCGUGUUUCGCACCGUGUGUGUCCCCCCCCACCCGACUCCUCUAGGAAGCCCACAGGCCAGAGAUGAAGGCCUGCCCCCUCUCCUGCUGCUGCUCCCCUGCAACUGGGAUUCAGACACAUCUUGCCCCUGAAGCUGGAGGUAGUCUAUAGCCAGCCAGACCAGUAGCCAUGGGUAGACCUCCUGUCCUCCAUGAAUCUGUCUAAGCCUCUUUGAUAGCCAUCCAAGCUGGUGGCCAUCACCACAUCCCGUGGCAGAGAAUCCCACAAAUUAAUGAUGCGCUGUGUGAAGAUGUCCUUCCUUUUUUCGGUCCUGAAUUUCCUGGCCAUCAGUUUCAUGGGAUGACCCCUGGCUCUAGUGUUAUGAGAGAGGGAGAAGAACUUCCCUCCCCAUUUCUCCCCACUCCAUGCAUGAUUUUAUAGACUUUAUUCCAAUACCUUUAUGUUCUGGGGGGAUUUGGCAUAUUAGUCAACAGAAAAUGCCCAACCGGUGAGAUGGGGCCGCUCUGCUUGUCCCAUGAAGUUGUGAGCGGGAAGCACAUGCUGUGAUAGCUGCACACCAAACCGGCAGGUGGUCUGCGGAGUGAUUUGGGAGCUGCGGUGUUUAAUGUGCCUUGUCCUCUUCCCAACUUGGUGCGUGUUCGCCUCUUGCCUUUUCUAAUGUUCUUCCCUUUUUAUUUUUCUGUAUAUACUGGUGCAGGCCUCCCUUUAGAAGAAUUACUUUGGGGUUGCAUUUAAUUUUAUUGGCAACCGUUGCAUAUCAGCCCUCCUGGAGCAGAGUCGAUGUUCUCUGCUGGCCAGGGUAAAUCUUCCUUAAUCAUUUGCCAAUGGGACUGCGUCCAGGAAGCAAAAUCCUGGGCGCAAGGAGCCACAGGGGGUGGGGGAGGGGAUAUAGAUAUCUGGACAAGGAGAAUAAAUUAACAACUCCAGCUUUAUUGUAAAUAGUUUUCUUUCCAGCUGCCAAUUCUUCUCUGGAGGUGCAUAAAGGUCACACUGUGAUAUUAUGGACAGGGAGCCUCCUUUCCAUACUCUAAAGUAUUCCUAUAGAACAGGAGGCAAACGGACAGAUUUCCAAUGCAAAUCAUUACAGUCAACCCGUGAAAUAUCCAUCAUUAUGACAACUAUAUGUGGGGAUGGAAGGCUUGUGUGUUGCAAGGACUUUGGGGUGUUGAGUGUGUCUCUGUAUGCUCUGCACCUUGCAUUCACCCCUUGGGGAUCCCUUCCAGGGAGGGUCAGAGUCCGGGGUUGGGGGACUGGAGAAUUUCCAUCUCCAUAACAGUGAGCCCAGUGCAGCUUCAUGGCAAAGCAAUAUACAGAGAAAGCAAAGGGGGCAUUGCUGGAGCCGGGUCUGCCUAUCCCUGGUGAUUCCACCUAUUGAGAAUCAAGCCCACCCAGUCAGCUGCAUAGCCCCAUCCCUCCGUUUACAUAGCCCUGGAUUCUGUUUCUUGGUCACCCUAGAGUGUAACCGCACAUUAGGAACACACUUCUCUUUAUGUAUAUAUAGACAUAGGUUAUGGACUGGAUGCUUUUAGUGUGGCACAACCUGUCUUUUGUCUUGCUUGUCCAUGCAACAACCUGGUAGUACAUUUAGUAGCGGUUAUUCCCAUUUGACUUAUGGGGGCCUGAAGCUCAGAAGACACGAGUUGCUCAGCGAAUCCGUGGCUGAGAUGGGAGACGGUCCCAAAUCAAAGACCAGCCCCCUCUUUAUGCUGAAGAGUUCAACGGGAUAACUCUGGCUUGAGAGGCCGUGGUGCCAGCUCCAUCCUGUGGAGCGUCCAGCCGGAUGGUAGUUCCAGGACAGGGAGCCGGGCAUACGUUGGUGCUGAUCCUUCUGCUCUGGACUGGUAGCGCUCAACAUUGGAGAAGGGCCUUAGCUCAGUGGCAGAGCACCUCCUUGGCACGCCAGAGGUUCAAUCUCUGGCAGCAUCUCUAGUUAAAAGUAAUGUGGAGCAGUUGAUGGGCACGAGCAUACUCUGCCCGAGACCUUGGAUUGCUUCUUCUAGUCAGAGUAGACCGUACUGGGCUGGGUGGAUCAAGGCUUGACUCUGCAAACAGCAGCUUCUUACAGGAGAGCUCACGGCUCAGUGAUUGUCUCUGUUUCUCAAGCAGGGGCCACUUGGGCAAAAAACCUUCAAAGCGAGAGCCGUUCCCCCCCUGAGCCGAACUCCACACAGUGCUGUGCCUUUCUGAGUUCUGGAGGGCCCUUUAAGAGAGACGGCGCCCGCUCUUAAGGCUUCCAGGAGGGAAGGGCUGCAUUUCCCAGCACUCCUUAGGCCUUCCAAGAUGGGGCAGAAGGUUCAAGAGGGCUCGAUUCUCCUAGAAGGAGCCUCCCUCCAGCACUGGGCACAGCGCAGCACUACACAAGAGGAAUGGGGGUCUCUGCAUGGUGCCAGGGGGGCUGGAGGUGAAACACAGAUUUGAUGGGGGCUGCACUUUGAGUUGAUGGGGGCCUUGCGAGGGAAAACACUGCCAUAUCUCGAUGGUAGGACACGUGGAUUGCAUGUAGACGGCUCCAGGUUCAAACCCUGGCAGCAUCUCCAGGUAGGGCUGGGAAAGACCCCCUUUCUGAAAGCUUAGAGAGCUGCUGCCAGUCAGUGUAGAUGCUCCUGAGCUAAGUGGUCAAUCAGUGAAUGGACAAGCUCAUGUUCAAUAUCGUGAUGGGCAGAAUUGCUUUGCGGGUGUCAAGGGGAGCGGGCCUCUGUCUGGAAGCAGCCUUCAUUUCUACAAGGCUGACCAAAAGACUUGCCUUUGACAUUCUCUGCCCUGAGUUUGGAGGAGAGCAUUUUUGUAGCUAGGCUCCCGAGUGGUUUUUAAAACUCCUCUGUUUGGUUAGUUCCACCCCACACUCCAAAGCUAGACUUUGGCGGGUUGGGGUGACAUUUGGACAGAACCAGGGCCAGCACUCUCUCUGAGGGGCAUGUGCGCUUUUCAUGCUUCUGGAGAGUUCGGACGGUGAGUCACGAUGUUGCCAGUUAGCCAACGUUGCCUGUGCCGGUGAAUUUUCCAGUUCAGCUGCCAGCCCCUUCGUUUCAUGGGUAUAGUAUUUCCAGAUUAAGACUUUAAUUAAAUACGAGGCAAAUGCGAGUGAGCUUUCAUUGGCUUGGCCUUGCCGUCAAAAGGCGCUGGCUGUUCUUUGUAACCUUAUCAGUCUGUUAACAAAUCUGCAAGCAGCUCAAUUGCUCGCUUGCGAAGAUGGUUUUAAUCUUCUGAACCAAGUGUUUGAUUCAGGCGGUGUUCCUUCUGCCCACCCCGCCCCAGUGGCAAGGCAAGGCGGCUGCUAGCGAAUGAUUGUUAAAAGGACACAGUUCGGCAUUCCUGAAAUAGUUGACAUUGUUAUUGGCUUGUAAUGGGCUUUUGCCAAGGCUGAAAUUCAAGAGCCGUGGCUGGUUCACAAAUGGAUUGACAAUAGGGAUCCCUCCAUGGGGACUGAGCACCCGGGAGAGAGUUGCUUGGCUCCCUGCCAAGAGCCUCCUUGUGUAUCCUUCCUGAGGAAGGAACUGGGGUGGGGGGAGUCUUCAUGGCCUUGGCUUAGGGAGAUCUCUUCCUCCUCCUCCUCCUCCUCUCUCCAAAUAAGAGUCACGAGGGCAGGCAGUCUCGGAGCCCUGCUGUGUGCAUUAACAAGUAAAUAAAUAAACCCAUAGAGUGGAUUGCAGUAAUUGUGUUGUUUUGCACGAUCCUGUUUUACUCUUUGGCAUAGUUCAGGCUGUGGGGAAGAACAAGGAGCUGUCCGGGACACGGAAGGUUCUCCCCUGCCUCGAAACCACUAGAGCUCUUUCAGCCUGCACCCCACCCCUCCAGCUUCCAAGAUUUUGCUAGGUUUCCCAAGUAUAUCUUCACAAGCAGCAGGGCUAGAAACUUGGGUCUUUGUUGUUUUUAAAUGAUGGCCACUGAGAUUCCCAGAAAGUAGAAUUCUUUGCUGUUGGUCUUCGGGGUGGGGCGGUUUGGGGACAAGGUUGAGACCUUCCAGCGGCGGCAGCACCAUUUUCUCUUUUGUUUGGCUUAGGAUUUUUGUUUCUGUCUUUCUGUUUCUGUGUUUGUUUCAAGAGUGAGUGAACAGGGAAAAGAUUAACUGGUUUAGUAAAAACAAAGUGCGGCACCUUGAAGGUUGACACAUUGAUUGUAGCAAAGCCUAAGUGGGUCCCCCAUUAGAAGUUGGGGUUGAAGGUGGGUCUGAAAAGGUUGCCAACUCCUGCUCAGUGCUGAAUUUGGAGCGUUUUUGCACCCUGGGGAGAAAUCGUGGCAGCCACAGCACCGUCCCCGAACCCCUACCCACAGUAAAGCACUUGGGAAUAUCUCAGUCCUGCCAGCAGAAUAAUGGACUUGGUAGAAAAAAAUAUUCCCCCUCACUUUAAGGCAGAGGUUUGCUAAAUGUGGUCUGUAUAGGGUGCAUAAUUCCACGCAGAGAGUGCCAUGAUGUUUCUCUGCAUCACUUGGGCUGCAUUCAUCUGCCUGGUUUUGUUCCUCAUCUGACAUCAGAGCCUGCUUGGGUUUUUCCAGGGUGCCCAUCUCCCAGGAGAAUUGCAGAGGGAGUGGGGAGGGCCUAGUCCUUAAAUGGAUCCAAGGAGGAAUCCUAGACGGAUCAGGAAGGAGGAUGGCUCUUCCAGUCAUCUAUUACAACCCUUAGUCAUUUUCUGAACUCACCUGCCCAGGUGUGUGUGUGCAUGCACGUGUCUCUCCCUCCACCCCGGUGCUGCAGCUUUGAAAGAAUUUUGUGAUGACUUGUUCU